AUGGUUAAAGAGACUAAGUUAUACGAUUUGUUAGGAGUUUCGCCUAGUGCAGGUGAGGCAGAAAUUAAGAAAGGGUACAGAAAGGCAGCUUUGAAGUACCAUCCAGAUAAGCCAACUGGUGAUACUGAGAAGUUCAAAGAGAUUUCUGAGGCAUUUGAGAUUCUUUCUGAUCCUCAAAAGAGAGAAGUUUACGAUACAUAUGGUUUAGAGGCUGCUAGGGGCAAUGGUCCUCAAUUUGCAGGUGCUGGUGGUCCAGGAGGCGGUGCUGGGUUUGGUCCCGGUGGUGGAUUUUCUUCUGGUGGACAUGCGUUCUCGCAAGAUGACGCAUUCAACAUCUUUUCUCAAUUCUUUGGCGGUGGAGGCGGAGCCUCUCCAUUCGGGUUUUCUGCUAGCGGCGGGUCCGGUGAUGACUUUGGUUUUGGAGGUAGUAGCUUCCAUUCUUCAUCUGGUGGGAUGCCUGGAGGUAUGCCAGGUGGGAUGCCGGGCGGAAUGCCGGGCGGAAUGCCUGGUGGAUUCGGUGGCAGACAGCAAGCCAAGCCAGAAGAAGAAACAGUCCAGGUUAAUUUGCCUGUGUCGCUAGAAGACUUGUUCAGUGGUAAGAAGAAGUCCUUCAAAAUUACAAGAAAGGGAGCCGGUGGUGUCUCGGAAAAGAAACAAAUUGAUAUCCAGUUGAAGCCAGGUUGGAAGGCAGGCACUAAGAUCACCUUCAAGGGUGAAGGUGACUAUAAUCCAAGAACUGGUGGUAGACAAACUAUGCAAUUCGUGCUACAAGAAAAACCACAUGAAUUCUUCACCAGAGAAGACAACAACUUGGUUUAUACCCUACCAUUGAGUUUCAAAGAAUCUCUAUUGGGCUUUUCCAAGCAGGUUAAGACAAUCGAUGGAAGGACAAUUCCAAUCACAAGAUCUCAACCAAUACAGCCAACUCAGACUUCAACCUACCCUGGCCAAGGUAUGCCUCUGCCUAAGAACCCAUCCCAAAGAGGUGAUUUGAUCAUUAAGUUCAAGAUCGACUACCCAACUUCCUUGACUCCUCAACAGAGACAAGCUAUCAUGGAAAACUUCUGA